GUUCGCAGGUUUCCUGGUCAGUGCGUCUGAUGCUGGAGUCGGAGUCACGUCUCUGUGGAUAAUCUCAUCGAGCUGUUCUUCUGAAUACAUCGAUAUGAAGGCGCUAACGGGGCUGCUGCUGUUGGUCUUUGGUCACGGUGUGUCCUCAGUGCUUCACUCUAAGCAGUAUUUCUACACGGGGUCGUCUGGACUCACAACCUUCCCAGAGUUUGUUGCUGUUGGGAUGGUGGAUGGAGUUCAGUUUAACUACUAUGACAGCAACACCCAGAGAAUAGUCCUCAAACAGGACUGGAUGGAGCGGUACGCCAGAGAGGACGCCGACUACCUGGAGAGGAACACUGGAAACUAUCUGGGUUCCCAGCAGGCCUUCAAAGUCAACAUUGGGAUUCUGAAGAAGAACUUUAACCAGACAGGAGGUAUCCACAUGUUUCAGUUGAUGUAUGGUUGUGAGUGGGAUGAUGAGGAUGAUUCUACUGAUGGUUAUAGACAGUUUGGUUAUGAUGGAGAGGACUUCAUAUCGUGGGACAUGAAGACCAUGACCUGGGUCGCUGCAGUACCUCAGGCUGUCCCCACCACACAGAGAUGGAAUGAGAAUAAAGCUAGAUUACAAUACCGGAAGAACUACAUCACCAAGGAGUGUGUUGGUGGGUUGAAGACGCUCCUGUUCUAUGGGAAGAGCACUCUGCAGAGAACAGAGCGUCCGCGGGUGUCUCUGCUCCAGAGGAGCCCCUCCUCCCCAGUGGUGUGCCAUGCUACAGGCUUCUACCCUGACAGGGUGGUGGUGUUCUGGAGGAGAGACGGCCAGGAGCUCCAUGAGCAGGUGGACCCCGGGGAGGUCCUCCCCAACCACGACGGGACCUUCCAGGUCAGCGUGGACCUCAACCUCACGGCCGUCCCACAGGAGGACUGGGGGAGGUACGAGUGUGUGGUCCAGCUGAAAGGCAUCGAGGACAUCUCCACCCCCCUGGACCCCGCCCUCAUCAGGACCAACUGGGAUGUACCUUCAGAGGUCCAGAGUGGCCUCACCAUCCCCAUCAUCAUUGGGUUCGUUGUUCUCCUCCUCGCUGCUGCUGCUGCUGUUGUUGGAGUCCUUCUGUACAAGAAGAGGAACGGUUCUGACACCAGCUCUGAGAACACUGAGGGGCAGAAUCCGGCUCCUGAGGCCCAACCUCUGAUCACAGUUUGUAGUUAAAUCAUGAAGAGGCUUCUCACGUUCAGCUUCCUAAAGCAGGAUGCAGUGGAUCGCAGUUCAUUUAUAAUCCUUACAAACAG